AUGGUUAAUGAUUAUAUGAAACCAUAAAAAAGUAAUGUGAAAUAUAGGACUUUAAAGAGGAUUUUUAUUACCUCUUAAAUCGCGCAUUCCUAUUGGUUGUCAAUAUUAUUUAUAUGUAUGGCUGUGAACUUCUAGCAAAUUCGCUAAUUCAUACCAUUGUUGUACAUCUGUGUUGUACAUAAUAUCUUUUUCUACUUUUAAGAUAAAAUUAAAAUAAAAUUCUCUUAAGAUUAGAUAAGGUAAUGUAACACAAUUAUAAAAGUAAGCAUACGUAAAUACGAAUUAAAUCGUAAUUAGACUUCCUAGAAAAUAUAUAUACAUAAUAUUUAAUAAUUCGUACCAAAAUGAAUACAGAAGAAAUUAUUGAUUUCACGGAUAUAGAACCAGAUAUUCAAUCUCUAAUAAAGAAGAGUAUGGCUGCUCGGUGCAAUGUAGAAAAUGCAUCUUAUCCUGUAGGAACAUGUGCUGAAAGAACAGCUAUUGUUAAAGCAGUGUCAGAAGGGAAAAGAAAGUUUAAAGUCCUAGCAGUCGUAGCUAAUAAAGUGAACAAUAUUUUUACCACACCAUGUGGCUUUUGUAGACAAGCUAUUGCAGAGUUUGGUGAUGUACCAAUUUAUUUAGCAGAUCCUCUAAUGAAGGAUGUGUUAAAAACUUCGCUAAGUAGCCUAUUACCUUGUGCCUUUGGGUUGGGAAACGUAGAAACAUUACAAUAAAUUCUUAAUAAAAGAAGGCUAAACCACA